AUGCCUAAGCCUGAGCGUAAGCCUGUGCCGAAGCCUGAGCGUAAGCUUGAAUCUGAACUUAAGCCUGAGCCUGAGUUUGAGCCUGAGCCUAAGCCUAAGCCUAAGCCUAAGCCUAAGCCUAAGCCUAAGCCUAAGCCUAAGCCUAAGCCUAAGCCUAAGCCUAAGCCUAAGCCUAAGCCUAAGCCUAAGCCUAAGCCUAAGCCUAAGCUUAAGCCUAAGCCUAAGCCUGUGCCGAAGCCUGAGCGUAAGCUUGAAUCUGAACUUAAGCCUGAGCCUGAGUUUGAGCCUGAGCCUAAGCCUAAGCCUAAGCCUAAGCCUAAGCCUAAGCCUAAGCCUAAGCCUAAGCCUAAGCCUAAGCUUAAGCCUAAGCCUAAGCCUAACCCUAAGCCGAAGCCUAAGCUUAAGCCUAAGCCUAAGCUUAAGCCUAAGCCUAAGCCUAAGCCUAAGGCAAAGCCUAAGCCUAUGCCUAAGCCUGAGCGUAAGCCUGAAUCUGAACUUCAGCUUGAGCCUGAGUCUGAGUCUGUGCUUAUGCAUGAGCCUGUGCCUAAGCCUGUGGUUGAGCCUUAG